AUGGGGUGGGGCGUCGUGUCGCAUCAGCACGCCACAAAUUUGGUGCUACAGGUGCAGCAGCACGCCACAAAUUUGAUUGAAGGCUCCUUUAUACAAGGAAUUGGUUUCUUCACAAAAGAAGAACACGAAACAAACACUGAUGGAAUGGUUAUGAGCGACAGCACAUGGGUCUACAAAAUUCUGAGCGUCGACACCGUCCCAAAGCAGUUCAAUGCCGAGGUGCUCAACACCGGAUACCACAAGAACCGCGUGCUCUCGUCGAAAGCUUCUGGGGAACCUGUCUUGGUUCUCGCAGCAUCCGUCCAUUGUGCGGUGAGAGAAGCCAUCCGAGCAGCGAGGAAGGAGUUUGGAAGCUUGCAGCUCAUGUUCCAGCUCGACGUCCCUGCGUCGAUGACUCUCGUGAAGGAAAUGUGUGGUUUGGAGAUCGUGGAUAAGUACUUGGAAAGCCUGUCUGAACAUCAGUCUUGA